CCCAAACCCCCUCUCGACUUUCCUUCCUCGCCCGGUCCCUCCCUCCCCCUCGCCCGCUCUAUUCAAUUCCUUCCUUCUCGAAAGUCUCCGAUCCGAUCUCCCGACCGGGACACCUUCCCUCGCAUGGAGCCCCCCAAGCCGUCGACACCGACGGAGGAGGAGGCGGCGCCGGCGGUGGCGGCCCCGCGGUUUAGGCUGGGGAAGCAGUCGUCCAUGGCGCCCGACCGCAGCGGCGGAGGCGGCGAUGGCGACAACGGCGGCGCCGGGGCCGCGUCGGAGGAGGAAGCGGCCGGCGUCGUCAAUUUCCAGCUGAUGUACAUGGCCCACGAGGGCAACGCGGACGGGAUACGCGAGCUCCUCGACGCCGGCGCCGACCCCAACUUCCGCGACUCCGAUGGCCGCACGGCGAUGCAUAUUUCCGCCUGCGAGGGCCAUGCGGACGUCGUCGAGCUUCUCCUUGACCGCGGGGCGGUGGCCGUCGAGGACCAGUGGGGGAGCACGCCUUUGGCGGAUGCUAUGCAUUACCAGAACCAUGAUGUGAUCAAGAUCUUGGAGAAGCAUGGCUCUAAGAACAAGGUUGCUCCUAUGCAUGUUGACAGUGAUCGUGAUGUUCCUGAAUAUGAGAUUGACCCGAGCGAGCUUGACUUCACUAAUGGCAAAGAUUUAUCUAAGGGUACAUUCCGGAAAGCCACAUGGAGGGGCAUUCCUGUUGCUGUUAAGAAGCUGGAUGAUGAUGUCAUUAAUGACGAGAACAAAGUGCAAGCAUUCAGAGAUGAGCUUGAUGUCCUGCAAUUAAUACGGCAUCCAAAUGUUGUGCAAUUUCUGGGUGCAGUAACACAAAGCAACCCAAUGAUGAUUGUCAUGGAAUUUAUGCCGAAGGGUGAUUUGCGCAAACACUUGAACAAGAAAGGAGCUCUGGAACCAUCGUAUGCAGUUAAAUUAGCUCUUGAUAUUGCAAGGGGAAUGAGUUACUUGCAUGAGCAUAAACCCCAAUCUAUCAUCCACCGUGAUCUUGAGCCUUCAAACAUAUUGAGGGAUGAUACUGGACAUCUGAAGGUGGCAGAUUUUGAUUUGUGUAAGAUGCUAAAAUGGAGAAGAAAAGUUAGAGAGGAGAAACCAGUAACUUCUGUAGGCAAUGCCUGUAGGUAUGUAGCUCCAGAAGUCCUGCGAACAGAGGAGUAUGAUAAUAAAGUUGAUGUGUUCUCGUUUGGUUUGAUACUUCAGGAGAUGAUUGAAGGAUGUCUCCCUUUUUAUGAUAAGAAAAUUGAUGAAAUUGAGAAGGCCCAUAGUUCUAAAGAAAGACCAGCUUUCAGAGCUCCUCCAAAGCAUUAUGCUCACGGGUUAAAAGAGUUGAUUGAGCAAUGCUGGAGUGAAAAUCCUGCUGACAGGCCAGAUUUUAGAGUAGUUAUUGAUCGGUUGUCUGCUAUCCAAAGUGAACUAGCUCACAGAAACCGUUGGAAGGUCAGAACUCUCAGAUGUUUCCUGAGCUUCGAGGGCUUGCGGAAGAAAGAUCGCAAUGAGGGAAGCACGACCCGCUCAUCACGCUCGUCUAGAUCCAAAUUUUGACAGUCAAUUGGGGCUGUUAGUUUUAUCUGGUGGAUCAUUUUCAUGAUUGAUAGGAAGUUAACUGACAAUAGACCGUUAUCUUUGUGUAUCUAAAUUCACCCUGCAAAGAAUGGUAUUCCAAGUUCCAACUGGUUGCUACUUGCUUCCCUGCUAAUCACAAUGUUGUUGUACAUCAGACAUUUAUCACUGAGUCAUGAAGGAAACCAUGUACAGAUUGAGCUCUUUGGUUUAUAGUUUCUUUCAGAAAUUACAGAGCAACUGAACUUAGGGAACUGCAA